UUUGUGCCUCCCGAGCACCACUCAAUCUACGCAUGAUUAGCAGUAGCACUCUAUCGCGGAAAGAGUUCUAGUUGUCAAACAGUAUAUUUGGGAAUCGAAAUUCCAUACGUAUUCUGAGAGAGUACUUUUUUAUUAACGCUCAAAUGUGUCAUUGAAAGAAAGGAAACGUUAUACAGGGCAAUAUUCGAAUCUGGCUUCGGUAUACGACAACUCAGUUUAAGCUGCUGUCCGUAUGAUAAUUAUACCUAGUUUAUAUGUUUCAAGCCCUUUUCAUAAGUUGUGAAAAAUCAAUGAAUUAUCUAUUGUUUACUAUUUGUUCUCUUUCCACGACGUGCCGUCUGUGUGCAGUAUUACGUAUGAGACCUGAGACAAUUUAAGUAAAGUUUUCAUUCAUCUGAGCAUUUAAGAGCCUUUCGGACUAUAUGCAACCAUAGUUGCUGCUGUACUAUAAUAUAGAGCUAUUGAGUUAUUGCUAACAGUGACUCUUAAAUCAUUUUGUUCCUCAGCAUCAUGCAGUAUAUUGCUUAAGAUAUACGGCUCAGAUCCAUUAAGGAGCCUUUUCUGUAGUUCAUUUUCAAAAUCCAGCUAAUUUGAUCUUGAAGGUCUGACUUAUCAUCACUACUCUUUGUAGUGCUACCUCUUACUAACGAGGAAUAUCAGCCUUGUUCUCAUUUCCAAACAACACAUCCUCUCCCUAACAAAUGAGACUAAUACAACUUUCUUUAUUCAGUGUAAUAUAGCAAAGACUGCUUUUCGUUCUUUGAGUUUUCAUGGCUCACAUCGGUCUUGUUUCCUGAAUAAUGCGUUAAAUGAUGAGAUAAUGAUUUGUUUGCUUAAAAAAUCCAAUCUGUGCGGAAUUAACGCUGGGAGUGCUGAAAGUCGUGCUACUUCAGCGGCUGUUUCACCAUUGACUCAUCAUGCAAAAAGUCAUUAUUGCCGCUCUAUUUUGUGCUUGGGUGGUGACAAUACAUUGAUCUUAUUCCUGUCCAGUGAGAAAAAUGUCUGUAUUAUGACAAACUUAAUGAUCUGUUCACAACAUCCAAUCAGAGUCAAGUCAAUCGAUAAGUCUUAUGAUGAGAAUAAGGUGUUUUAUAACGCAGAUACUCUAGUUAGUUAACCAUAGAGUUCAGCGGAUAUCUUUAUCUGAUCAUCUUUUUGCAAGUUUUUCAUAUCACUUCCAGUUGUUUUAAUUUCUAUCAGAGACCCUUGUUGUCAUCUUGAAGGUACGAAGAUGUUUUCAUUUCCUGGCUCACUACUCGUUGUUUUGACAACAACUUUGCUUGUUAUUGGGAAACAUCUUGUUAAUCUGAACAGUAUGCUGCCGGCAAAUCCAGAAAUAAAAAGAAACAACUGCCUAUUUACCAUUGAAGAUGGUAUCUGUUCGUGACAAAACAUACCACGAGCCCAAUCAAAUUUUACAGUACUAAGGAGACAUAGCAGACGAAAAUUGUUAAACUUUGAAGCUACCACAAGAUACCUUCUCACACCACCUAACAACCAAUUUUUUAAAAUGACAUAACCCGAACGGAAUGUCACUUAGUCUGUCAUAUCCUGGGUGGAUUAAAGUGCUAGUGAAGUUGAACUGACAUCGAAAGUAGAAGCUACAGUUAGGUCCAUAAUUUAAGGUUGUUGAGAUGACGAUGUUUGAUUCUUUUACUCUACACUCUGUUCAUUUCAUGAUUUUACUUAAUCAUAAAUGUAACAUUUGAUUUCACCUUGAGUGUUUCGCUUUUACUCUUAGACUAGCCAGUGAAAUGGAAAACUUAAAAGAACUACUUGAUGCGGAACAAGAGAAAGUGACCAAACUGAAGGCUCUUAUAAUAAAAGAGAGGAAAGUCAACACGAAAAUGAAAGCAGAACUGGAACAUUUAAAGUCACAACAUACUGCCGAUAACCAAUGUAGUAGUAAAUCAGUUGAAAGAGUUGAUAAAUCUUGCUGUACCUCUGAGUAUUCUAAUGCGGCAACCAGUACAAAUACUACGCAGACGACAGAUUUUGAUGUAUUGUCAGAGUUACCUUAUACCUCAAAUAAAGACUUUCAGGAAAAAAGACAUGAAAAUAUUCCUACCAUAUAUUCACCAAGCAACACACACAAGGUUCUUAAUAGUAUCAACAACAAAAUAGUCUCUCCGUGCAUGAUUGAGUCUUCUUCAUUUUGUGAUGAUAAGGUGUGUAGUACUGGCAAAAAUCUACAAAUGUCUUGUGUAAAACAGCUGACCAUCGCCCCUGAUGACGAUUUUCCCACUCACUUACAAAAUAGUAGUGUGGAUUGUCAUGGCGAACAAUGCUCAUCGAUAUUGAAACAGUUUAAUCUGGCUCUAAAAUCAUUAAAAUUACAUGAGAAAAACAUUUUGUCAAAAGGUGAAUUGGAGUCAGUAUUCGAUGAAUGUAAGAAGAUGGUAGAGAAAAGUGAUUGGUGCUCAAGUAGUAUUGAGGAUUUAAUGGCUGAUUCUCUUUCAUUUAAAAGCAAAAUAAAUGUGUCAGAAGAUCACUGUCAAGGAAUUCAAGUACCUCCAAACAAUCACCUCUCAUCCUGCGAGAGCCGCGAUAUGCUAUUAUCUUGUCACUGUUUACACCCAUCAAAAGAUGCUCAAACUAUUACAGAUGCGGUGUGUGAUGAGCUGUCAGUUUUAGAAGAAAGAGUAGAUGGUCUAAAAAGUUGGGUUGAACGUGCCGAAUUUUCAUUGAAUAACCUUUCAAACAAACUGACUUCUGCUACCUACAUCAAUGAAAGAAACGAUACCAAAUUAUGUCAAUUACAAGCAACUUGUUUUGGGUCUUCCGAUGCAUGUGAGUUACCAUCCCUUCAAAAUACAAAGACCGCAUUGAUUUAUGAUUCGUUUUUAGUACCACUAACGGAAUACUACCAAGAAAUAAGUAAUAAACACUGUGAACUGGAUGUUAAUCACUAUAUAUCUAAUAGUUUUGAAAAUGCUCACAUAGACGAAAAGAAUAUUGAAAUGUUCCUGAAUAAAUUGAAGCAUAUUAUAAAACAUUACUUUGAAUCUAAUGUAAAUGCUCAAAAUGGUCAACUUACUGCAUCUUUAGGUGCACGUAUUUCAGAUGAAAACGAAAAUACAGAUAGUCAGCAAAAUAAGUUAUUUUUAGAUAAAAUUAAAUCUAUAGAAUAUGAAUUGUCUAAAGCUAAUGAAAGAGCUGCAAUAUCUGAAAGUGUUGUCACAGACCUUAAAGAGCAAAUCCAGAAUUCUGAAGAAAAGUUACAUCUUAUGAAAAAUCUUUUGGUCAAAGCUAAAUUAGAUUCAGCUGAACAACAAAAGAAAAUUGUAGAACUUCAAAAGUCACAGACUGUAAAUGUGGAAUAUACUGAGGAAUUAAAUCUAAGUGAAGAGUUGUCUCACAUUAAAAAAGUAAAAGAAAACUUGGAAUCAACUGUAGCAAAGCUGAGUUCUGAACUAACCCAGCAACAUGCAUUGUAUGAAAGUCUUCUGAACGAAAAGAGAUUAACAGUUGAUCGAUUCCAAAAGUUGCAAACUGAGCAUGCUGCAUACAAAAUCAAAGCCCAACAUGCUCUUUGUAACGCACGGACUCAUAAAAAUGAAGUGGAUUCCCUUUGCGUCAAUAAUAAUGAUAGUAGCGGUAAACAAGAUGAUGAAACAAUUGUCAACAGUCGGUCUUCAGUUGAAAGCGAAGGAUACUUUUUAACUGAACUAGAAUUUGUGAAAAAAAAUUUAUCUGAUGUACAACACCGUAAGGAAGAAGCUGAAUUGCAUGCAUCUUUGGCACAGUCGGAAUGUAACCUACUAAAAAAGGAACUAACUGAUUUUAAAGCAAAAUAUAAUGAACUAAUUUGUCAAUCCCAAAAGCAAAAGCAAACCUUGGAAAAUAAAAUAUUAUCAUUGAUGCAACAGCAUGAAGAUCAUCUGCAUAACGAGCUUAAAGAGUUGGAAAAGAAGUAUACGAGUCAGCUAAGUGAUUAUGAAGAACGUCUUAUGCUGCAAACACAAAAGCAUGAAAAUGAGCUACGUCAAGAAAGAGAAUUUUGGGAAGCAAAAUUAGCCCGAAUCAAUCGUACAAAUGAAUUGUCAAUGACAGAUUCUAGUAAAUUCGAACAAAUGAGUGGUCAUCGACGGAAUUUUUCAAUACCUGACCAUUUUACAACUUCAAAUGUAAAUUUAAAUUACAGAAGAGAUCAAGGAGACGGAGCAGACAAUACAAAUGACGAAACUCAAACAACACCUGAUCAAACAGCUAACAAUUAUUCUUUGAGUCGCAGUGGAAGUGAAACUAAUUCACUGAUUGAUGCUGACUCCUAUAAAACACCACCUCAAAUUACUAUACCUACUUUGGAGCAACUUUUGAAUCGACCUAAUCAAUAUUCAUCGUUUGAAAAUUCGUAUUCUCCCCAAAAUCAAACGAAAUCUUUUCGAGAAGUUAGAAGUGUUCAGCUGAAUCAGUUAACUGGUCUACAGUCUACUUUAGCGAGUCAACAACGUCGAGUUGAAUGUCUUUCUGAAAUGUUGAGUGAGAGCGAGACAAACUUGGCGCGCCUGUUUGCACAAAAUAAACUAUUGAAAGAAGAAGUUCGACGUCUUGAAACCAACCGCAACUGUUCAAUAAAGUUACAAGAAGCAGAUAAUCAAGAUACCGACCAGUUAAACAGUUCUGUUAACAAUAACAACAACAGUCACAGAAAUAAUAUUCCUUUAGAGCAUUUGAAAAAUAUCUUACUGAAGAUUAUAACUCUGUCGAAACAAUCCUCAGAACGUAGUCAUCUUAUGCAUGCAUUAGUUAUGUUCCUUUCAUUAAAAUCAGAUGAAUGUAAGCUAUUGGAAGAAGGCUUAAAUGAAAAUGUUAAGUGUUCCAGUCACUCCACAUAUGAUCAGUAUCAGAGCACUACCAGUUGGAGUAGUUAUAUCAGUACAGUUUGGCGCAAGUGA